CGACUUCCAUUCCAACAAUCUGAGUGUGUACACACAUAGCCAUCCAUCAGUGUCGGUGGUAUGUAUACAGAGUAUUGCCCGACAUGGGAAUUAAAUACCUAGUACCUUAUGUUUCUUUGUCCGUCGCCCUUCGGAUCUACAGUGGUUGUCUAUAUCAUUCCAGCUAUGGCCUCCUCGAUAGAGAAUUCCCCACCCGAUACUUCAAUGAUCAAGGAUGCCAAAGUCACAGUGGACAAUUGGGGUAAUACUAAAGCACAGAAUGGUGCCAUUGAAAGUAAUGGGGAUGUCGAAGCCGGCCAAUCUGGCAAAAGCUCGGGUGUACUGAAUGUGAUAAUUUCAGGCCUGGCUCUUUUCAGCGAUGGCUAUAAUGCGCAGAUCAUUGGAUACAUGGAACCCUUAUUCUCGGUCUUAUACAACGAUGGCAUGUCUCCAACAAUCAAGAGUAGACUUUCAAACUCGUUCCUGAUUGGAGAAAUCUUUGGAAUGCUUUUUUUCGGUAUCCUCAUUGAUCGAGUGGGACGGAGAACGGGUGUGGUGGCAGCUACCCUGUUCUUGGUUCUAGGAAUUGCCUUGGCUGCAGCUGCACACGGAACAUCUGAGUUGGGGUAGGUUCUUCCUUCCCCCUAUUAAUGCAUCGGCCAAAGCCGCUUACAAGUAUUCAGAAUGUUCUGGAUGAUGAUCGUGGCCCGUGGUGUCGCCGGCUUUGGGGCUGGAGGCG